AUGUCGAGGCGAACCAGCUCUGAUCAGGGUGAUGGUGGUCCUUCAGUCCUGGAACGCAUCAAGGCUCUGCACGACCACAACGAGCUCUUCACGAUGAUUGCCGAGUUCCCGCAAGCUGGAAUCCAUAAUACCUUCCCUGAGGAAUGGGCACUAGCGAUAGCAUACGCGGAAAGUGAAGUCUAUCGAUGUAGAAGAGCCCUCGAGUGCUUUCAACGAAAGAACAUACAGUCUAAGGAGCCCAAUCCUAGUGAGGAUGAAUACAAGAACAUUAUGGACGACUUUCUCAAUGCAAUGCUGCUUCUUGGACGUAUAGUCGAGGCUUCCCGGAAGAUGAGCUCGUCUACGCCACCCUCAAAGAAAUCCAUGGACAGAUAUCGCAUCUUCAGUCGUGUUGAAAAGUCUGGUAUACGGGGAGCAAAUGGAGAGAUGGCGUCCAUGUAUGGCCAGAUGGGGGAGCCUAUACCGUUCUACCUGGCUACGGUAAAUGACGAAGAUCUCCAACCGAUGGCGCGAUUCAUCUCCGAAUGGCUCUUGGAUCCUCUGGUGGAUUAUAUCCUUGCGCCUCCUAGAGAUCUCUUGUUGAAACUGCCAAUGUAUAAAUCAAAGUAUCCGGUCGAGAGCAAAGAGAGCAGACGCCGGAUCUUCAACACCAAGACUGUGUCAGCUGUUGCUGAGACAUACUUCCAGGCGAUGGUAUUCUAUGUGGGUGAUUCAAAAGACGGUUGA